AUGCACUACUCGUAUAAAAUUGGUGCAAGGGAUUUCGGUUUACAUACAAUGACUUCAAAAGUAAAUCCGGACAUUAAUGAUGACUUAAUGGGCCAACGUAAAGGACUGACCCAAGCAGAUGUGGAUGCAAUUAAUAAACUUUAUUGCUAUCCUGAAGAAUGUACUGACACUUCCAAUUUUUGUGGAGCUUGGGCUACGCAAGGUCUAUGUUAUUGUCGUACCAAUGGAAAACCUGAUUGUUAUAUGCUUCAAAAUUGUCCAAAUUCUUGCAAUUUUUGCAAGUACGUAGAUAUUUUUUUAAUUUUUAAAUAUUUAAUUUAA